AUGCUAAUCAAUAUCUGUGUCCUCCAGGGUUGGUCAUGCUGCAAGAAGAGGACCACAGACUUCUCAGAAUUUCUCUCAAUCCAGGGCUGCACCCGGGGUCGGCAUAGCAACAAGAAGCCCGAGGAGCCCUUGCGCCCGGAGGUGACUUCAGAGAAGGGGGACGUGCAGUCUCACGGGGGGCAGGAGAUCAUCUACCGGGGCCCCAAAUCUGCAGAGGCCCUGGAGAAGGAGAGGCCCAGCCCAGAUGAGCCCAAGUCCAAGCUUCCGGUGAAGGUGUCCCCCUCGCUGGCCCAGGUGCUGGAGAAGCUGGAUAUCAGCAACAAGGAAGAGGAGAAGAAGAAAGAGAGUCAGGCUGUCAUGCCAGGAACAAGGUGCAAGAACGCAGGGUGCAAAACGAUGUACCAGGGCGCUGAGACGGACCUGGAGACCUGUGCCUACCACCCGGGGGCUCCCGUAUUUCACGAAGGAUAUAAGUACUGGAACUGCUGCCACAUACAGACCCUGGACUUCAACGCCUUCCUGGACCAGAAAGGCUGCACCACGGGCAAACAUCGCUGGAUCCCCAAGCAGGACAAGAAGAACGUGGCCUGCAGGCACGACUGGCACCAGACUGGCACGCAGGUGGUGGUCACAGUCUACGCCAAGAACUCCAUCCCCGAGCAUUCAUAUGUGGAGACCAAUCGCACUGUGCUGACGACGCACAUCCAGUUUGACAACAACAAGGUUUUCCACAGAGACUUCCAUCUCUGGGGGGUGGUGGACGUGGCCCAGAGCUCCGUGACCAUGGUGCCGUCCAAGGUGGAGGUGGUCCUGCGGAAGGCCGACGCCGUGGCGUGGGGGCGGCUGGAAGACCCCCGCUUCAAGGCGGAGCCGCAGCCCGAGGCCCAGGAGGACGACGCCGUGGGAACAGAGGAGACGAGGCCCGACUGGGACAUUUCCGACGACGACAUCAGCGAAUCCGACGAGGAGGAGGACCUCCCACCCCCCACCAGUGAAACCACUCCUCCCCAGUAGGGGGCAGUCUCCUUAACAGCCAGACUAUUAGGUAUUCUUAUUGAAAUUAUCAUUUAAACUUCAAAUAGUCAUUUAUUGUGAUCAUGUGCAUCUACACAUAGCUAGAUGUACCGCCAAGGUUCCCCCCUUUUUUGUUUAUUUACUCACAUAUUAAAAUCGCCAGAGAAUUUUGCUGCAGCAGAACAAAAUGUUGUAUUUGAGGACAGAACACUUUGUCACACUUUGUACCAACUCCCAGAGAAUAUCACAGAAAAACCUCAGAGAUAUGAAUGCAGUCAUUUGAAAAAUGUUUGUAAACAUUUUGUGGGGUAAAAUACUGCAGUCAUAACAAUCAAAUUCUUCAUUAGAAUUAUUCUUACUUUGCAGUAGCCAUAUUUUUUAAUAGGCUACUCCUCCUUUUUUUAUUUUGCCCCUUUUUAUGUCAGACACUCUUGAUGUUCACAUACUAAGGCCUAUUUUUUUUAGCAACGGUGCUUAGACAUGCCCUUUUAUCUAAUGCACUGCCAUCAGUUUUAUUCAGUGAUGUGUGGCUUGUUUCCUUUUAAUCUUCAUAUCAGUGACAAGGAGCUUCAUAAUGAGUCCUUGUCUAGGCUGCUUUUGGUUUCAUGUCCAUUCAGUUGACCACAAGUCAAAUGAAUGGAUAUGGUUUACACCUCUGAGAUUCUGCUGUAUAUGAUCCAGAUUGUUAGCAGGUAUAACUUAGUGCGGACUAUGGCUUGAAGUUCAAGUGCUACAACACCAGAGCUGUGAAAAUCACUGUUUUGGUAUGAUGUGAAGUCUAGACAUUAAUGCCCACGUGCAUAAAUGGCAAGAAAUAUUUUCCUGCAAAUUUGAAAGAAAACACUUGUUUAUGAAGUCUUAGGUUAAGCCAACAUGCAAUAUAUCUGUUUUGUUGUCAUAUGUUAUUUCUUAUUACUGUUAAAUAAAAUGUUUUGGUUUUCUUAUCAAAAAAUAAAUUUAAAAAAAGACAAA